AUGGAGGAGUUCCUUUCCUCCCUGGGCGUCGGAGAGGCCCUGCCGGCGUGGCUGAAAGAGCUGAGGGUGCGACAGCAAGAAGGCCGCCUGCAGGAGGCAUCGGGCAUUUCGCCACCUCAACUGCCCCGUGACCCGUCUGCCAACAGACCGGCUGAGCCGCCCGUGGAUUCGCCGCCGGUGGCUGUUUCCACGCCUGGGCAUGUGGCUCGCGGCUCCGAGAGCCAAGCCGAGCUGCCGAACCCCAGCUUCAAGGAGUGGCUACAAAGUUUGGACAGCAACGGCUUCUUGGUUCAGUACCAUGACGACAUUGCCAGCAAGUUCGACAGCGUCGCACAGAUUGUUCACAUUUAUGCCAAGGACGGAGUGGUCGACCAGCAAUUCUUUGAGGAUACAAGCAUCAAGAAGCUUGGCGGGCCGGAGCACCGCGUGGCUCUGCCCAUGGAGAGCUUCGCCGCCAAUGUGGAGGCAAAUCCGCCCUUUUCGAAGAUGAUGAGCAUGCAUGUGGCAUGUGAUGAGAUGCUACAAGUCGGACGCAGUGCACUUUGCACCAGCUGCCCUGAGAUCUUGGGGGUGACCAUCGAGCCGAUCGCCGUCGAGGCGCCGUUUCUGUUGCUUAUGCCCAAUGUGGGGCUCACUCCGGGGGCCGAGCUCUCCCUGAACCUCACCAGUUCCGGGCCCGGUGCCGUGUUCCUGCUUCUUUCAUCAGAACAGUUCAUUGACUGGAUCCGCGCCCCGCCACGGCUGGCGAGCGGGAACCUGACCUGGUACAUUGCCAGGCGGGACGACCAGUAG